GUCAUUUGUCCAAUGAGCUGCUCCGCACCAACCUCAGAUUAAAUCUGGACCGUCCAUCUUCUCUUCUCCGCCUUAAAGGCACCCCUCUAGGGGCAGAAUCGGAAUCGGAGAAUAAAAGCCUCCGCCUCCUAUAAAUUUAGGUCGCCGAAAAACUCCCUAUAGUGCUAGAGAGAGAUUUUUAGAGUGAGAAAGAACUAGAGAGAGAAACAAAGAGAAGAAGCCAUGUCGGGUGGUAUUGCUCGUGGUCGUCUCGCUGAGGAGCGCAAGUCAUGGCGUAAGAACCAUCCUCAUGGUUUCGUUGCGAAGCCGGAGACUUUGCCCGAUGGUAUGGUCAAUUUGAUGGUGUGGCAUUGCACUAUUCCUGGCAAGGCUGGUACUGACUGGGAAGGAGGUUAUUUCCCACUUACACUUCACUUCAGUGAAGACUACCCUAGCAAGCCUCCAAAAUGCAAGUUUCCACAAGGUUUCUUCCACCCAAAUGUCUACCCUUCUGGAACUGUUUGCCUAUCAAUUCUUAAUGAGGAUAGUGGAUGGAGACCAGCUAUAACAGUUAAGCAAAUACUGGUGGGCAUCCAAGACUUGCUGGAUCAGCCAAAUCCUGCUGAUCCUGCACAAACAGAAGGUUACCACCUCUUUAUUCAGGAUGCUGCAGAGUAUAAGAAAAGGGUCCGACAGCAGGCCAAGCAAUAUCCUCCUCUGGUCUAAUGUAAAAGAAGGUUUUUAAAGAGACAGCAGGCCAAGCCGUGUCACCACUUUUUUUAUUGCUAAGAACACUUUCAUUAAGGAUUGUUUUUUUUUUUUUUACUUGGGAAUUUGUGAUUGCCAGCGUCAAGUAUAGACUGCGGCGGCGUGGUGAUCUAUUUUAACUUUCAGUGUUGGAUUAACUUAUGUGUUAAUAUCAUCGAUAUACUAGUCUUCCAAUGAUACUCAUUGGUCUUCAUAUUUAUCAGAAACAUGCUCUUAAAUAGGGAAUUACAACAAUUGUGUGAA